CGGGGGGACAGCUAAGGUGGCUUUUCAAGACUUAGGAGGCAGUCCCUGACGCGGCUGUUUGAUUUUUCCAGUUUUCAACUACUGAAGAAGGUGCUUGGUGCUUGGGUAUCAGAGACAUGAAUUACUCACGGUUCCUCACGACGACGAGCGCAGCAAGAGAGCCUUCUCCCAUCCGACUCCUGUCUGAGCUAUUGGGAAAGGUGCCCAAAUCGGUCAUCUCCUUGGCUCCUGGAGCACCAAAUCCGAACAUGUUUCCUUUUAAGACCGCUGCUAUCACCGUAGAAAAUGGCGAGACCAUCCAAUUUGAUGAAGAGAUGAUGAAGAGAGCACUUCAGUAUUCCGCAAGUGCUGGAAUCCCAGAGCUGUUGUCCUGGCUGAAGCAAUUACAAAUAAAAUUGCAUAAUCCUCCCACCAUCAAUUAUCCAGCCAGCCAAGGACAAAUGGACCUAUGUGUCACAUCUGGCUGCCAAGACGGUAUUUGUAAGGUAUUUGAAAUGACCAUUAAUCCUGGAGAUAAUAUCCUCCUAAAUGAACCUGUUUAUUCAGGAACACUUCAAGCUCUGAAACCACUGGGCUGCAACAUUAUUAACGUUCCCGGUGAUGAAUAUGGGAUUAUUCCAGACUGCCUUAGAGAAAUACUUUCCAAAUGGAAACCAGAAGAUUCAAAGGACCCCAAGAAAAACACCCCCAAAUUUCUUUAUACUGUCCCCAAUGGCAAUAACCCUACUGGAAACUCAUUAACAACUAACCGCAAAAAGGAAAUCUAUGAGCUCGCUAGAAAAUAUGAUUUCCUCAUAAUAGAAGAUGAUCCUUAUUAUUUUAUCCAGUUCAACAAGUCCUGGACACCAACUUUUCUUUCCAUGGACGUUGAUGGGCGUGUCAUCAGAGCUGACUCUUUUUCAAAAGUCCUUUCCUCUGGGUUGAGAGUAGGGUUUAUAACUGGUCCAAAACCCUUGAUAGAGAGAAUUGUGUUACACACGCAAGUUUCAUCAUUGCACACUGGCACUUUUGCACAGAUUUUGAUAUUACAGCUUCUGCACCAAUGGGGAGAAGAGGGCUUCCUGGCUCAUGUAGAGAGGGUUACUGAGUUCUAUAGGAAGCAGAAGGAUGCGGUGUUGGCAGCUGCAGACAAGUGGUUAAGUGGUUUGGCAGAAUGGCAUGUUCCUACUGCUGGAAUGUUUUUAUGGGUUAAAGUCAAGGGCAUUAAUGAUGUAAAACAUCUGAUGGAAGAAAAAGCCCUUAAGAAAGAGGUAUUAGUAGUUCCUGGAAAUGCUUUCUACACUGAUAAUUCAGCUCCUAGCCCUUACUUUAGAGUGUCCUUCUCACUGGCUUCUCCAGAACAGAUGGAUGUGGUGAGUACAAUAUUCUCUUCACAGUAACACUAGAUUUGGUGCAUGUGUUCAUUUUGUAAGUUACAACAUUAUUUAAUGUCUCCUUGGGUUUCUGAAAAACAAAUAUUUGUUAAAAAGUCAUGAAUUACCACUAAAAGAUACGUGUUAAUGGUAGCAAAUAGACAAAUGCAUGAGACCAAGUUGGAGGUAAAU